GCCUGUUGUCUCAUGUAACAACCGCAGAUAAAACACGUUGUCAUCUACCCCGCGUGCUUUGAAAACCUCGUGUGCUCGUGUGUGCGUGCGCAUGUGUGUGUGAGUCUGUAUGUGUUUGUGUGUGUAUGGAAGAGAGAGCGCGCGCACGCACGCAUGUGCGCGCUCGUGAUCUUGUGCACGAGGAUUCGAGAGAGAGGAGAGAGUGGCACAAUGUAAUCGGCCAAAGGUAAUCAGAAGCGGGCUGAUACCUCCAGUCAAUACGUCAAUAAAGAAGAUAAACCUGUAAAGCUGAAGGCGGAGAUUUGCAGCGCGCGCGUGUGUGUCAGUGUCAGCCUAUUCGGCCGCGCAUGGCUCACGUGCCGAGCGCGAGCGCAUGCUCUCCGGAUGCGUCAGGGAUGGCGGGGCCGCGGCGCUGAAGAUGUCUCGCGCGACGCAGCUCCUGCAAACAUCGUCUCGGGGGCGAACAUGGCGGCGAGCAACUUGACAACGGAGCGAUAUGACGGUGUGGUGGAAUGAAAAAGACAAGGUCCUAGGCCACUGAGCCACGCCAGGGAGCUAAUUUCACCAUGUCGAGCCAGGAUAUGAGCCCUUGUCCCUUCGUGGCGGGAGCCCGGGAAAAUGUAAACGCGCGCGAGGGUUUAUAAAGCGGCUUCGAAGGCUACGCAGAGGAAGUCGCGCGGCGAGGAGCACACGGUACAGGCGAGAGGAGGCGCCAAAGGGGCGAGACAUGUUGCUAAAGAAUAGCAUCUUCACCGGAGAGCCGUGGAGAAUGCGGCCCGUGGUCGCAGCGUCUGAUUCCUCCGCCGGCGCGUCCGUUUAAUGGGAAUUACCGAUAGUGCACGCGGAGGUAAGCCAGGACAACCGACCAGCCGGUGUUAUUUAAGAGGAGAAAAACACAAAAGUGAACCCACGUCAAUGACUGUUGUGGCAGAGGAUCCCCCACGGUGGAGUCGGCCGGCGAAGCGCGUUCCCAAAAUAUGACCAGGGGUGCUUGGACGUGUUGGCAGCAAGACGACGGCUUCCAAAUCUGGCUCGAGCCCCGCGAAAACGAAAAGCCAUUCACCGACUCCGAGAGGGCGCAGAGAUGGCGACUGUCCUUGGCGUCCCUCCUGUUCCUCACCAUCCUGCUCUCCGAUCACCUGUGGUUCUGCGCCGAGGCCAAACUGACCAGGACCCGCGAUAAGUUUUCCGCCAACAAGGAAACGGGGGCCUACCCGUCCGGCCGCCCCGCGCCCCCCCGACCCCGCUCCGCACACAGCAGCCUCAGAGGAAGCGAAGACGCUAUUUUUAUAGGAAAUUCUACCAAACAUUUGUUGCGACUCGAAACUUGCCCACAGGACAGUUUCUCCAAAGACUGCGUGACUUUCGGGGACGCCGACCAUUUGUGCAAGGGUCUCUCGGAGGCCGACGGCGGCUCGUCGCCUGUAAAUAUGAGUGAUUUGUAUCUCUCCUUUUGUAACUCCUACUCGCUAUUGGAUUUGUUUUACGGGUCGACGAGUGCGGACCAGUUGAACUGCAGCCCGGACGCGCUGAGCGAUGGCGACCUGACGCGGUGCAGCCUGUGCAUCCAGGCGUACCAGCGCUACGACCAGCACGCCCAGGAGAAGUACGAGGACUUUGAGCUCAUGACUCAGAAGUACGAGACGGACGCGUACUCGGUGAGGACGUGCAUGGAACAAUGCAAGGUGGCCUACAAGCCCUGGCUGUGUGCCCAGUACUUCCCCACCACACAGGGCUCGUGUGCCCGUCGGGUCCCCUGCCACCAGUACUGCCUGGAGGUGCAGCAGAGCUGUCCCUUCAUCCUGCCCGACAACGACGACCUCAUCCACGGGGGCAGUCCCAGCUUCAUCUGCACAGGGCUCCUGGGCGAACGUCCGUCGACGCCGGAGCGCGACGCCGAGUGCUGCGACGUCCGGUGGGACGCGCAGACGGACCGGCCGUCGGGCGGGACCCUAAAAAAAAGGACUGCCCCCUGCCAGCCGCCCCCCGGCGGCGCCACCGCGGGCGCCGCCGCCGCCGGCGACAGACUCUGCCACGGGCGCCAGCUGAAGAUCUGCCUGCUGGCGCUGGUCCUGCUCCACACGGCCAUCGCCAUGUCCGUCUCCGACUGCACCUCCUGGGGCGCCUGGUCGGCUGCCGCGCCCGAGGAGACGGCCCCCAGCGAGGAGUGA